GGGAAGUGUCACAGGGGGCGUGGCGUUUAGCGGAAGUGCAAGUGGAUCAUCGGGUUGCGCUCUCAGAAUCUAGAGCGUCAAUCUUCUACAAAACAUAGAAGAUAUUAAAAAUGGCCCUCAACAAGAAUCACUCAGAAUCUGGAGGUGUUAUUAUCAACAACAGUGAAAGUGUUCUUAUGUCAUAUGAGAAUGUUGAGCUGGUGUUCAGUGAUGCUGAAGGUUUGCCGGAACCUUUUAGAAAAAGCAAGAAGGGCAGCGUCUAUCUAACACCUUACAGGGUGAUCUUCUUGGCUAAAGGAAAGGAGCCUCUUCAAUCUUUCACGAUGCCCUUUUACCUCAUUAAGGGUUGUGAGGUUAAACAGCCGGUGCUUGGUGCAAAUUACAUCAAGGGCUCAGUCAGCGCUGAGACCGGAGGUGGUUGGGAAGGUUCUGCGAGCUUUAAGUUGAUUUUCGUAGCCGGAGGAGCGAUUGAGUUUGGACAGUACAUGCUACAGGUGGCAGCGCAGGCAUCGAGAGGUCAGCCGGUGAUCGUUAACUUCGGCUGUCCUUACAUGGCAAACGGGGCGUACGCUUACCCUCCCCCUCCUCCUGCAAAUGGCAUGUAUUCUGCCGGAGCUCCGCCCCCUGGAUACCCCUACCCCGGACCUCCACCAACAGGUGGAUUUUAUCCUCCCGGGUUUGAUGGACCAGCAGCCUACAUGCCACCACCACCAUAUUCAGCUCCAGUGCACCAGGCGCCUGUGGACCCGGACCUGCCCAGAACCCCUGCAGCCGAGGCGAAAGCUGCUGAAGCCGCAGCGAGUUCCAACGUCACGUUUGCACCAGCAAGGGUUUACCUGCCGGAGGACAAACCUCCACCGUACUCCCCACCUGAAGACAAAAAGAACCAGUAGACAGAGUCAGCAUGUCGUCUUGUCUCUCUUCAUGUCACCCUCUCUUUCUCUGAUCAUCUCCAGCUGCAGUUAAGCCCCUCAUGUGUCUGGGGUCUCCAGUAGGGGGCAGUGUGUUCUACAUUAACAUUGCUCCUCUCAUACAGAAGUGCAACAGAGAUACAGAUAUUAAACAUCUUUAAUGAAUUUACAGCUUGUGAAUGAGAGGGAUUUUGACUUUAUGACUGUUAGCUUUCCAGCUGCAAGGAAAAACCCGACAGUGGAUGAUUGAGCGUUUCAAUUGAGAAUAAUCUAUGGCUUGAUAGAUUUUGUAUAGAUUGAUAUAAAAAACAACAAAGACAAUUAAAGACAUUCGCUAACUGCACCUAGUUUCGGUGUAAAUCAACAGAACUACUCCAGGGGUUUACACUGACGGUGUACACAUUCAGAUGUGAUUUACGGUUGGCGUGGUUGUUUGCUUGCAUGAAGUUGCUGUACUUUGUUGCAUCACCAACAGUCUCCAGUCCGCGUCUCCUCAGAAUGCACGACCCUCAUUGGAUUGAAUGAUUUCUGGAUGCUUUGGAGGUGCUAAUCGCUCUCAGUGUGAACACACCUAUAAUUCACAUUCCUUUCAAUGUAUCGCUUCAUUAAAUCUGCAGAUCUGCACUAUAUACUGUACAUUCAGAUCGUUUCACUGUUCUCAACAGCUCGUACGGUAUAAAGCCUGUCUCAGCAUCUCUUUCAAGCAUGCAGCAUUAGACUAAACAUGGAGCACUUUAGCCCUUCCUGCACCUUCAGUCUCUUAAACACCAUUUAUGGACCAUUUGUUUCCUUCAUUUAUUUCAUUAAUUUUGUGAAUAAUUACGCAUGAUGUCAAGCGCGUUGUCUUAUUUAAAGUGUAUUUUAUUAAAGUAAAGCUGUACAUGUGGAACAAUCCAUUGUA